UACGCCGCGCCCCUUUGGUCACAUGGGCGUGACGUCACUCUUCCUCCGGACCUCCGCAUUCUGUAGCGUCUACCAUGGUAAUGGCGGAAGGCACCGCUGUAUUGAGAAGAAAUAGGCCGGGCACCAAAGCUCAGGAUUUUUACAACUGGCCCGAUGAAUCCUUUGAAGAGAUGGACAGUACUUUGGCUGUACAGCAGUACAUCCAGCAGAACAUAAGAACUGAUUGUUCAAACAUUGAUCGAAUUCUAGAACCCCCUGAAGGUCAAGAUGAAGGCGUUUGGAAGUAUGAACAUCUUAGGCAAUUCUGUCUUGAACUCAAUGGACUUGCUGUUAAACUCCAGGCUGAAUGUCACCCUGACUCUUGCACCCAAAUGACGGCAACAGAACAAUGGAUAUUUCUUUGUGCGGCUCAUAAAACACCAAAAGAGUGCCCUGCCAUAGAUUACACAAGGCAUACACUUGAUGGUGCUGCAUGUCUCUUGAAUAGCAAUAAAUAUUUCCCAAGCAGGGUUAGCAUAAAGGAAUCAUCUGUUGCCAAACUAGGAUCAGUGUGUCGUAGGAUUUAUAGAAUAUUUUCACAUGCUUAUUUUCAUCAUCGGCAGAUUUUUGAUGAAUAUGAGAAUGAAACGUUUUUGUGUCAUCGGUUCACUAAGUUUGUGAUGAAAUAUAACCUUAUGUCCAAAGAUAACCUGAUUGUUCCUCUCUUGGAUGAAGAAGUGCAAAGUUCAUCUGCCAGGGAAAGUGAAGCAUAAUUAUAUUUGUGUUCAGAUAGUCCAACAUGAACUUAUUGAUGAAUUGAUACAACUAUUAACAAAUCUGUACUGUAUAUAUCUUUUAAAUCAAGAAAAGUCCAUAUCUUGUCUUCUAGUGCAGUAGUUCUCAGCCUUUUCCAACUUUCUUUACAUAAGGACUGCUUUUGUUGUGAGUUUUUUUUUUUUUAAAGCUGCAAAUAUGUUUUGUUAAGAUAUUGAUCACAAGCAAAAUUAUGUUUUAUGUUGGCAAAUAUGUAUUGGUUAAGUACUUUUUUAGAGUUGUACAAAUAGGCAGAAGUCUUGUUAAAGUUAUAUCCUGUAAUGGCUGAUAGAAAAUGUAUUUGCA